CAAAACCUAUCGAGAACCCCACGGUCGAUAAAUACUUUCGUUGCUUUUUUCCAACGUCGUGUACAAAAAAAAGAAAAAAAGAGCAGGAAAAAAGCAAAUACAAGGGAAAUACCUGCAGAGUGCAGCCAGUAAAGUGUUUAAUUUUGUUUCCCGUGGAGUGCCGACCAGUGUGCAAUUGUCCAGUGGAAAGUGUGCAGUGAAAAAUGCCCAGCACCAAAACCCAAAGGUGGCCAGCAAAAGCAAUAACAAAAUAGCAAAGAAAAGUGCUCGUGUGUUGGUGUGCUCGGGGGGUGGUGUGCGUUUCGCCCGUCCCGUGUCCAUAAAUUAGAAUCGAAAUCGAGCUGAAGUCACCGCGACGACGAUGUCCGUCGACCAGGAUCAAUAACCACUAUCACCAUCGCCGUUGGACCAUUAAGUUCUCCAUAUCCGGAGGCAAUCGGAAUCUGUACCUUGGAGGAAUAGGAAUCGGAAUCGGAAUUGGAAUAGGAAUCACGCGCGAAUCGGCCACCCCAAUACGGAAAACUGCUGAAAAAUAGACCGCAGUAGGCGAAUCAGCAGCGAGAAGGAAGGCGGCGGAGGAGGAGAAGGAUCCAGAUCCAGAUCCAGUUGCAGAUCCACCGCAGAGAUUGGGUAAAGCACACACCACCAGCAGCAGCAUGGUGAGUACCAAUCUGGUGGUGCCGGUGGUGCUGUGGGGACCCACGGCGCCCACGCACUGCAUCUCGAGCGUGUUCCUCUCGGACGACCAGUUCACCCUGGUGACCGGCUGCUACGACGGCCAGAUCUGCCUGUGGCAGGUGGAGCCCAGCACCCUGAAGAUGUCGCCGCGCUGCCUGCUGGUGGGCCACUCGGCGCCGGUGCUGUGCCUGGUGCGCGCCUCGCUGCUGCCGGAGAACAACUUCCUGGUCAGCUCGUCGGAGAACGGCGAGAUGUGCACCUGGGACCUCACGGACGGCAAGUGCAUGGAGGCGGUCAAGCUGCCCCAGGUGCACACCCAGAUCCAGAGCUACCACACGGCCAACAGCGAGGACGUGCGCCUCUUCUGCAUCGGCUACUACGCCGAGAUCAUGGUCAUGGACCCCUUCAGCCUGGAGGUGAUCUACGUGCUCAGCUCCAAGGUCAAGCCGGACUGGAUAUCCGCCCUCCACGUGCUGCGGCCCAUGCGCCGCAAGGACGACGUGGUGCUGGCCAUCACCACCACGGGCACGGUGAAGGUCUGGACGCUCACGGGCAACGAGAACAAGCACGCGGAGCCCAUCUACGAAAACGAGUCCAAGGAGAUCCGCUGCCUGAACGCCAUCACGAUGAACUGCUGCGCCCAGAACCAGCGCACCGUGCUGCUGGUCUGCACCAAGUACUGGCAGAUCUACGACGCCGGCGACUUCACCGUUCUCUGCUCCGUGAUCGCCCCGGCGCGGGAGCGCUGGCAGGGCGGGGACUUCCUCACCUCGGACCGCGUGAUGCUCUGGACGGACGAGGGCAAGGGCUACCUGUACAAGCUGCCCGCCAACUGCAUUCCGGACAACAAGGAGUUCCACUCGAAGAGCGUGGUCCGGGACGCGCCCUACCUGUACUACGUGCUGCAGCACGCGGGCGACAAGGUGCUCUCCUGCCCGCCGGCCAUGAAGCUGCUCCAGGGCGCCGGCGGGCAGCACAACCUGCUGCGCGGCGACUCCGAGGGCUACAUCUCGGUGUGGAACGUGCCGGAGGUGCCGCUGGACAACAUCAGCAUCCUGCAGGCCAAGCAGAUGCCGCCGCGCGUGCUCAAGCCGCACGUGUGCACCUCGCUGGUGGAGGCCUGGUCCAUCAUGGACCCGCCGCCCGUAGGCAUCCUGGACCAGCUGUCGCGCAUCACGGAGUCGCCGGUGAAGCUCACCUCGAGCAUCUACCUGCCGCAGCAGAGCCGCCUGGUGAUCGGGCGCGAGGACGGCAGCAUCGUGAUCGUGCCGGCCACCCAGACGGUGAUGAUGCAGCUGCUGGUGGGCAUCAAGCAGAACUUCAGCGACUGGCCCUCGCACCAGAUCCUGUACGGCCAUCGUGGAAGGGUUAAUUGCCUGCUCUGUCCCUCGAUGAUACACUCGCGCUACGAGAAGUCGCACCUGCUCUCGGGCGGCAUCGACUUCGCCGUCUGCCUGUGGGACCUGUACAGCGGCAGCCUGCUGCACCGCUUCUGCGUCCACGCCGGCGAGAUCACGCAGCUGCUGGUGCCGCCGGAGAGCUGCAGCCCGCGCAUUCUCAAGUGCAUCUGUUCGGUGGCCUCGGACCACUCGGUGACGCUGGUCUCGCUGCAGGAGCGCAAGUGCGUCACCCUGGCCAGCAGGCACCUCUUCCCCGUGGUCACCAUCAAGUGGCGCCCGUUGGACGACUUCCUCAUCGUGGGCUGCUCGGACGGCAGUGUGUACGUGUGGCAGAUGGAGACGGGCCACCUGGACCGCGUGCUCCACGGAAUGCUGGCCGAGGAGGUGCUGUCGGCCUGCGACGAGCAGGCGGAGGACGGAGGGUCGGGAAGUGGUACUGUAUCCAAUGGGACUUCGGCCAGCGAGAUGGGCAUGGCCAAUCCGGCAGUGCACUUCUUCCGCGGCCUCAAGUCGCGCAACAUGAACGCCAUCCGUCACGCGACGCAGCGCGGGAUCAACCAGCUGCAGCAGCUGCAGGGACACAACCAGGGAAACUUCGACUUCCUGAUGAAGCACCGCAGCAACCCGCUGGUCAUCCAGGGACUGCGCACCAACCCCAAGGACGCCGAGAGCCACAUCCUCUUCUUCGACAUCGAGGGCCUGAUCUUCGAGCUGCACAGCGAGGAGUACGCCCAGAUGACGCCGGCCACGCUGGAGUCGCUCGGGGUGCACCUGCAGAACCCCAAGGACGGCAAGUCGAUGCACCUGGACGCGAGCAAGAAGAUCGGCGACUUCUUCAGCAAGGUCAAGAACAAGGCGGUGGACGUGGAGAAGAUCCUGAAGGACAAGGACAAGCACGGCCUGGUGCAAAAGUUCAAGGAGAAGACCGAGAUCGUGGAGAAGAAGGUGCAGGCCAAGGUGGAGAGCCUGCAGAAGGCGGUGGAGCCGCACGAGGAGCAGCAGGACCUCCGGAGCAAGAUCGCCUCCAAGAUGGAGGUCACGCACGUGAUGGAGGUGGCCCAGCUGCUGCUCUCGCUGCUGCACUCCUGGGGCCUGGACCCGCACCUGGACAAGAUGUGCGAGACGCGGCUGGGCCUGCUGCGCCCCAUAGUGCCCAUCUCCUACGGCGUGCUCUCCAAGGCCGGCUACAUGUCCCUGCUGCUGCCCACGUGGCAGAACAACUACGCCAUUCCGCCGGGCCUCCAGCUGCCCUCCAGCUCCAAGAAGCGCCCGCUGCCGGAGGAGCUGCAGCGCCUGGAGCACCUGACCGCCGUCUUCACCUCGCGCCUGCACUGGGAGCUGAGCACCACGCUGACCACCAACCACAUCCUGGCCCUGGUGGCCAUGUCCAACACGCUGCUCUCGAUGAGCGCGGCCUCCUUCCUGCCGGACAGCGAGAAGCACAAGAAGCUGCAGCGCCUGGCCCAGCGCACGGACUCCACGCUGAGCAACGAGGAGGAGCGCGAGGAGCUGCUGGCCCACCACGUCUCGCAGAUCAAGCACGCCUGGAGCCUGCUGGCCACCCACCACUGCUUCCUGCUGCCGGAUAAGAUCGAGGCCCUCGAGCCCAGGAAGUUCAAGCGGCCGCAGGUGGAGAUGAUGGUCAAGCGCUGGCAGCACCACUGCAUCGAGAUCCGGGAGGCGGCCCAGCAGAUCCUGCUCGGCGAGCUCACCCGCAUGGGCAAGAAGGGCCGCAAGCAGCUGGUCGAGAGCUGGGCGCAGUACCUGCCGCUCUACACGCACACGGAGCCCAUAGUGGGGGCCCAGCAGCAGCUGGCGCUGAUCAGCCAGCCGGCGGGUGGCGGAGCGGGCGGAGGAGCGGGCGGCAAUGGCGGCGGAGGAGGAGGAGGCGUGGGAGGAGGUUCCGGAGGAGGAGGCGGCGGAACUGGAGGUGCCGGCAACGUGGCGGGCGGCGAUCCGCACCAGGACGAGGACUACGAGGAGGAGGAGGAGGAGAUCAUACGCAAGCCAUCCAGCCUGUCGGAGCUGAAGCGCAAGCAGACCACGGCAGUCAUACUUCUAGGGGUCAUAGGAGCCGAGUUCGGUCAGGACAUCUCGCAGGAGUCGCCGAACCACCGGGGCAGCAUCAGCAUGGCCACGGGAGCGAGUCUCACCAGUGGCGCUGCCGCCGGCGGCGAGCGGAGGAAGUCGAGUGUGGUGGAGGGCUUCGGCAUAGCCAACAACCUGGCCCGGCUCACCUCCAUGGCCCUGGCCCACCUGCUGUACGCGCCGCCGUCCCCGAAGCUGCCGCAGUACACGCCGCUGCGCCGGGCGGCCAUCGACCUGCUGGGCAGGGGCUUCACCGUGUGGGAGCCCUACCUGGACGUGUCCAAGGUGCUGCUCGGCCUGCUGGAGAUCUCGUGCGAGGGCAAGGCGGUGCCGAACCUGAACUACAAGCUGCCGCUGACCCCGCAGGCCGACGCCUGCCGGACGGCCAGGCACGCGCUGCGGCUGAUAGCCACCGCCCGGCCGGCGGCCUUCAUCACCACCAUGGCCCGCGAGGUGGCCAGGUACAACACGAUGCAGCAGAACGCGCAGUCCAUCAACGCGCCGCUCACCCAGUCCGUGCUGCACAAGGCCAAGGGCGAGAUCCUGCAGUGCGUGGAGAUGCUGAUCGACAAGAUGCAGUCCGAGAUCGCCGGCCUGCUGGUCGAGGUGAUGGACAUCGCCCUGCACUGCGUGGACAGCAACGAGCUGAAGAGCCGCGGCCUGGCCGACCUCUGCCCGGCCAUCUGCCGCUUCAACCAGAUCUCGCACUGCGCCCAGACGCGCCGCAUCGCCGUGGGCGCCAACAGCGGCAACCUGGCCAUCUACGAGCUGCGCCAGAACAAGUGCCAGAUGAUCCCGGCCCACACGCACCCCAUCACCUCGCUGGCCUUCUCGCCCGACGGCAAGUACCUGGUCUCGUACUCCUGCGCCGAGAACCGCCUCUCCUUCUGGCAGACCUCCACGGGCAUGUUCGGCCUGGGCCAGUCGCAGACGCGCUGCACGAAGGGCUACUCCACGGCGCCCAUUCCGGACGUGUCGCGGCUCAACCCGAUGCGGCUGGCCAAGCUGGUGUGGAUCAACAACCGCACGGUGACUUUAAUGCUGGCCGACGGGUCGGAGACGCGAUUCAAUGUCUAGGGAGGAAGCAGAGGAGGAGCAGGAUAAUAAGGAGAGUCCUUCGGGGUGUAUAGCAUGUUAUUAGGCAAUCAGCGCGGGCUUCAAAAGCAGCAGGAGGAGCAGGAUGAUUCGCAGGAGGAGCAGAAACGACAUAACAAUAAUUAUUCAAAAAUAAACAAAAAUACAAGAAAAACAGAAACGUCUGGCGUUUCGUUAAAAAUAAUUAAGGCAGAGGAAACAAAGAAAAGCUAAGCAACAUUAAGUCAAAAACUUAGGCAAACGAAAACUAAGCAAAAUGAAUGCAAACAACAAUUCACAACACACAUUUUGUUAUUUAUUUAUAUACUUACCCUAUAUAUCUGUAACUUAUCUGUAUCCGUAUCCGUAUCUGUAUCUGUAUGUAUUUUAAUGUAUUACACGAUUUUAAUAUGCCCCCUAUAUUCCCCCUGCUACGUCCAUUUUACUUUUUAGUGCUAAACUUUUACUACCCAUCUACUCUUUAAACACGUGUUUCUGUUCUUGUUGUUCGCUUCCCAUGCGGAAAAAACAAAAACUAAAUCCAAAUAUUAACAAAGUAAACAACAAUUAACCAGAUGCAGGCAAAUAACAACCACAACCACACGAGAAUCAACAAAGGAAAUGAAAAAACGAUAAAAAACAAAGAAUGAAAAGCUGUUAUUAUUAUUACACAACUAUUAUUAUUACUAUUGUAUGCUACUAUUAUUAUUAUUGAUAUUUGUUAUGCCUAAUGUAUUGUUAUAUAUAUAUAUCUAAAAUAAACCUAAACAAAUGUAUUGAGCAAAGUUACGAAACGAAACGAAACAAAAAACAAAUCACCAAGAAGGAAAACGAACAUUAACUAGAGAGCGAAGAGUUUUUUUUUUUUGAAUACUAUAAUUACUGUAAUUCCCAUAUAGUUUCUUCUUUCGAUGUAAUAUUUCCGCUAAAGCGUGUGUAAAAAGUCUUUGUUGUUCUGUGAAAAUGUUAUAGGAAAAUCGAAAUCUGUUUAUAAAGUGCGAGCCACACAAUACACACACAUAAUUUAUUUGCGGCGUUAGUGUGCAUCGAUGCAUCGAGCGAAUAACGGUACUCGGGGGCCUGAGAAGUCAACUGUCAAACCCAGAAAUGCGGUUAAAACUAUUUAUCCUAACUCUAUAUAUAUAUACAUAUAUAUACCCAACUGAAUUUGCAAUAUGUGUUCGUUUACGUAUUCAAUACAACACAGGCAAACACACGUGUACUAUGUGAGAGAGUUAAUUGAAUUUGUGCUUAAUUUCAAUUACGAAUUAUAUAUAUAUUUACAUGGAUAUAUAUGUGAAGAUACAUGCAUACUUAUAUACGAAAUCCUUCAAUCAAAGUAUUACACAAACGAAACGAAGCAACUACAACAAUUAUGUACGGAGUAUACAACAAAUAAAGUCAACCAAACAUGAGCAAA